AUGGCCACCAUACUGCAAGGACCCCCCCGCCUUUGUACAACGUUGGUCAUCACCAUUCCCUCAUUGCUCGCGCGCCCUGAAAAGAAAGCUACGCAAGCAGCUCAUGGUGCAUUACACGUUCCAGUUGCUAGGGUUGACAUGCCCAUCAAGACCAUCAGCUCCACUGAGGGGGGCGCCUCAUUGCCGGACUGCUGUCGCCGUUAG